CAUUGUUUGAUCACCUGAGGCUUAUAAACGGGGUAAAGAGGUAAAGCGGAUGUGGGGGGAAUAGGGCGAGAAGGAGAUUGUGGCAGGUCGCUUUUCACAGUGCUUCCGCGAAUCUUCGAAGAGGCAAAGCCACUUCGAGACCGUUUGAUGCUCUGAGGCUUGCAAAAGAGAAGGCUUUCCUCUGGCCGUACCUUUCGUUUGCUUCAGCCGAUCGCCGUCAUGUUCAAAAAACUGAAGCAGAAGAUCAGCGAGGAACAAACUUCGGGCCGCGGAAGUCCUGCGGGUAGUACUUCAGCGUUUCCUCAGAGAUCUUCUGAAUCUUCUGCGCUGUCACCAUCAAUACACAGGAACAGAACAUCAUCUCUUACAGAGCAAAAUUAUGACAGUACUUCAACUCCUAAUAGAGAGCUACUAGCUGGGAUGAUAACAGAGCCUGCUUUUCUUUCUGAAUAUACUGUUUUUGCUUUGGAUCCUACCAAACGACCUAAGCCAAAGAGUGAGUGUGUGAUAAUAUAUAAACAAAAUUCUAGCAAUAAUGAAAGUGAACCAUCUUCUCCAGUGGAAGUUAAAAUGGAUCAAAAAACAAAGAGGCAUCUUCAAGAAGAAUUUGCUGCAUCCUUAGAGGAAAAGGACCAAAUUAUCAGCGUCCUGCAGACACAGGUAUCACUACUGAAGCAACAAUUACACAGUAAUGAGACAAACAUUGAACUACCGAAUCCAAAUGUUCAAACUCAGUCACAAGUUCAGAGUCCUGUAAAAGAUCAGAAUAUGGAAAAUACUUUGCAGUCAGUGGGUCCUGUUGGUAAUGAGAAUGCUGAUAAAACAAUAGAAUCUCUAACUCAGCGAGUAAAACAUCAAGAAAACUUGCUUCAUCAGUGUAAAGAAAGAAUUAAAUCUCAGAAGGAGCGCUUAGCACAGCUGACCAGUGAGAAAGAAGUGCUGCAGGAACAACUAUAUGAGAGGCUUCAGGAGCUAGAGAAAAUAAAGGAUUGUCAUAUGGCUGAAAAGACCAAAUUCAUUACUCAGCUACGUGAAAGCAAAAACUUGAUAGAACAGUUAGAGCAAGAUAAAGGCAUGGUUAUAGCAGAAACAAAACGGCAAAUGCAUGAAACUCUGGAAUUGAAGGAGGAAGAAAUUGCCCAGUUGCAUAUUCAUAUCAAGCAGAUGGUUUUGCAGAGUAAAGAACUAAAAAAACAGAAAGAUAAAUCGGAAAAAUCUGCAUUUGAACAGCUUGAGAAAGCUUUAAGUGCAGCUCAGAUGGCUGAAGAAGCCCACAAGAAAUUGCAGGCAGAAAUGGAUGAAAAAAUCAAAGCUAUUGAAAAAGCAAAUGAAGAAAAAUGUGUGAGCCUUCAACAGGAAUUAACAAGGAUGAAGCAGGAAGUGAAAAAAUGCCAGAAGAAUCACCUAUGGGCGAUGAAAGAGAAAGAACAACAAAAUUUAUUAGCUUUAGAAGAAAUAGAAUUGCAGAAAAAGGCUCUACAGUCAGAAUGCAACAAAAAACUUGAAGAUAUGCAACUGGAAGUAGAAACUUUCCAAACAAGAAUUCUUGAGCUGGAAAGUUCCCUUAUGAAGUGUCCACAGAAUGACAAAAGCCGGUUGGAAGAACUGACUACUCAGAUAGAUUCAGACAAAAAUGAGCACAAUAAAAAAAUAGCUACUAUGACUGAAAAACAUAAAAAAGAAAUUGAAUACACGAAGCAGCAAGAACAGCAACAUUGGAAAGAACAGUUUGACAUAUUAACCCAGCAGCAGCAAUCAGAAAUGGAGAAACUGAGCAAACAUCAUGAAGAAGAAACAGCUAAGCUGUUAAAAGAAAAAGAGGCUAUAUUUCAUGCUCAUAUAGAAGAAAUGAAUGAAAAAACUUUAGAAAAGCUUGAUGUGAAACAAACAGAGCUAGAAGCACUUUCAUCUGAAUUAUCAGAUGUUCUGAAUAGCCGUCAAAAUCUUGAACAAUAUAUUUCUAAGUUAAAAGAAGAUGCAAAUAAAGCAAAGGUGGAGUUUGAAGCCAAACUUGAUCAGCAAAGAAAUAAUCAUAAGGAACAAAUUGAAGCUAUUUUUAAAGACCAGGAAGUAACUGAGAAAUCAUUUAAAGAAGAAAUUAUUCAACUCAAACAAUUCUUGGAAGCAAAAGAGAAGAGUGAAGAAGAAUCAGAGCAGAAAAAAAUGAAAGAAACUCUAGGAAAAGCUGAGUCGCAAUGUAAAAGAAUGUCUGCAGAAUUAGAUGUUUUAUGUCAGUCCAGGGAAGAUAAUGCAAGUAUUUAUGAAAACAAGUUUAAAAAUUUGCAAGAGAAAUUGGAAGUUAUAAAGGAUAAAAAGUCAAAACUUGAAGAACAGGUUGUAAAAACUGAAACCCAGCUGAACGAAAUCAAAACUGAGUUAGAUUUUCAGACAUCCCAGGUAAAUGAGCUGAAAUGUGAAUUAGAAGAAGAAAAGAGAAAAAAUAUUCAGAACACCUCAUUUCUGACAGAAAAGUAUGAAUCACAGUUAAGAAACCUUGGAGGAGAGAUCAGUCAGUUAAAAAGUCAUUGUACUGGCAAGGAAAGUGAAAUUGGACAAAUAAAGCAUCUCCUGAAUCAACAAAUUGAAAAGUAUAGGCAGCAGUUAUCAAUCAAAAAAGAAGAAAUGAAUGUUUUAAGGGACGAAUAUGAGCUCAAGUUAAAGCAGCAAGAGACACAAACAGAGGAAGCUAUAGAAAAAAUAAAAAAUAUGCAGGAAGAAUUUAAGCAAAAACUUUCAGAACAAGAAGCAAAACUAAAAAGUGAGAUUGAGAGCAACCAGUUGGAGUUUAGUCAGAAAGAGAAGCAGUUCACUUCAGAAAUGCUGGAAAUGACUCACGCCAGUUCACUUGGAAUAAAUGAUGCUGUUUUAAAACUGGAGAUGAAUCAGAAGGAGCAACUAAAAAGCAUGGCUGAAGCUCACAAACAAGAAGUGGGUGAAGUGGUACAUCUUUCGGAGAAGAAACUAAAACAAGAGGUUGAAGAACGUCAGGAAAAACAUGAAACAGAAUUGCAAGAAAAAGAACAGGAAAUAAGAGACCUGAAAGAAAAGCUGGCCACCUUUGAUGCUGAAAGAGAAGGGAAUAAUGCAGAGAUUACCUGGUUAAAGGACGAACAUACAAAGAAAGACAAAACUAUACAUGAACUUCAAGAACAACUGCAAGAGACAUUAGCACAAGUGAAUCUUUUGACACAAAAAGAAAGUGAUUUAAAGAAACAACUUGUAAAAUUAGAGAACGAUCUUAGUUUUUCUUUGAAAGAGAAAAUAACAGUACAGGAACAGCUUAAUGAGAUAAAGUUAAUAGAAGAAAAAAAGAAAUAUGACAUUGUGGAACUGGCAGAUAAAUUGAAAAUGUCUGAUGCUGAAUACCAGGCCUUAAAACUGUCACAUCUUAAAGAACAGGAGAAUUAUGAGACAAAGUUAGAAAGGGAAAAAAAUGAGUUUCGACAAAAACAAGCUGAAUUUGAAAAUUUCAAGAGAGAUAUAAUUACAAAACUGGCUGAUUACCAGCAAAAAGAAGAAGCGUUAUUGAAAAUAAAAAUUGGCGAAUUGGUUAAACAAUGCAGUGAAAAAAUUUCUUCAAUAACAGUUAAAAUUGCUCACUGUCAGCAACAGAUAAUAAAAAUUAAAGAAGACAUAUUAAUUAAAGUCGAUCAAGUUCCAGACUUAAAAGUUCAACUUGAACAAUUAACAGAGAGUCAUGUAACUUUAAACAGUAGUUUACAAGAGUCAAAAAAGCACUUGGAGGAAAAGGAGUAUUUAAUGAUGUCUAUGAAAGCAGAUGUAGAUAAACUUCUAACAGAAAAAGAACUAUUGGAAAAAGAAAGUUAUCUCCAGCAGCAAACGGCAACAGAGAAGGAAUCUUGUAUCACAGAGCUGAAGAAAGAAUUAUCUGAGUAUAGUAAUAUUGUUACUUCAAUGAGGGAGGAGCUAAAUGAGAAAAAAGCAGAAAUCACAGAUCUUAACAAGCUUAUUAGUGAAUUAAACCUCAGACUUGAAAAGAGCAUAUCAGAAAAAGAAACUGCCACAAUGAUGUUAAACAAGCAACACAGAGAAAACCAACUGCAGUUACUGAAUGAGAUGGAAGUACUAUCUUCCAAAGUUGAAUCAUUGAGUGAAGAUAAAGUUACUGCCCUGAAACAGGUAGACCACUGGGUGAACAAAAUGUCAGAAUGGAAGAAGAAAGCUCAGUUGAGAUUUACACAAAAUUACAAUACUAUUAAGGAAUUACAAAGCAAGAUUGAACUGAGUAAUAACCAAGCUAGUGAAAAAGAAGAAGAACUGAAUAGAAUAAAGGAUGAGCAUGAUAAACAAACAAAACAGUUAGAACAUUUAAAAUGUUUAAUGGAACAAAAGCAGGUCAGAAAAGAAAAACAGGAAUCUGAUUUGGUUGCUGAGAUAAAAAUCCAUACAGCGAGAAUUGCUGAAUUAGAAGAGCAUAUUGCUCGGAAAACAGAAGAAAAUGAUUAUUUAAUGGGAGAAUGUAAAAUAUACCAUGAACAAGACAAUGAGCAAAAAGAAAUGGCACAACAACUUCAACAGGCUCGGAAGGCACUAGUAGACAAGGAUGACAACCUGAAGGAGAUGGAACAAAAUGUCCUAACUUUUGAGAAAAAAAUGCAGGUUAUGGAAAUUGUCCUUGAAGAAAAAUCAAAAGAAUUUGAAGGAAUAAAACUGGCUCUAUUGAAAACAAAAGAAGAAGAAUUAAAGGCUUUAGAAGAAAGACUUAUAUCAGAAGCAACUUCUAAAAUAGCAGAUCUGAAAAAAAAGGCUGAACACAAAAUUGCUUCUAUUAAAAGGCAGUUGACGACUCAGGUGGAAGAAAAAGAGCAGCAAAAUAAGCUACAGAAAAAAUUGGAAGAAAAAGAAAAGAAAAUUAUGUCUUUAGAAGAAAAGAUUAAGUCAAUAGACUCAGAUUUAGAAAAAGAGUUGAUAAAGAAAGUAGAAACAAUAAAGGUUUCUGCAGAGCAAGAUAAAGUCAUUGCUUUAGAGAAUAUGCAACAGAUGUAUGAUUUAAAAAUUAAUAUUUUAAAAAAGGAUUUAUUGGAUAAGGAGAGAUUACUUGAGAAGUAUAGUGAGGAAGCAAAUACAUAUAAUAUUUCAAAGAUGAAGGCUCAGGAGCAACAAGAGGAACUUCUUAAAAGGUCUCAAGAAGAUAAAAAUAAAAUUAAAAAUCUUCAACAAGAACUGGAGGAACAAAUCAAGAAACAGGCUUCAUUACAUGAACAACAUAUCAAGUAUGAGAGUGAAUUAAGAAAUAUCAAAGUCGAAUUGAAAAACAAAGAACAAAAUAUGGAGAUUGCAAUUAAAGACUUAGAAAAAAAGCUUCAAGAAAAGGAGGAAAAAGGGCAGUCUUUUGGUGAGGAUUUUAUGAAAGAGAGAGAACAACAGAGGAUUGAGAUGGAAAAUAGGAUUUCAGAAUAUAAUGAGAAAUUAAAGAGUCUGCAAGAGCAGUUAGAUGAAGGAAGUGGCCUUAUAAAAACUCUGGAAGGAAAUAUAGAAGAAAAGACUAAAUCAGUCUUUGAACUUCAAAAGAUGGUUAAUGAGUUGCAGAUGCAACAGAAAGAUUUGCAAGCAACACUGAAACAAACAGAGCAAGAGAAACAGGAACAGCACAGAGAUCUGAUUAAGCUUCAGAAGGAUUUGCGUACCUUGCGAAAAGAACAUCAGCAAGAGCUGGAAAUUAUGAAGAAAGAAUCUAGAGAAGAAAUGGAACAAAAAAUAAAAUAUGAACAGGAAGACAUUGAACUAAAGCACAAUUCCACAUUAAAGCAGCUAAUGAGGGAAUUCAAUACCCAACUGGCACAAAAGGACCAGGAAUUAGAAAUGGCUGUAAAAGAAACUAUCAGUAAAGCCCAGGAAGUGGAAUCUGAAUUGAUAGAAAGUCACCAUACAGAGACAGUUCAACUGCAUAAAAAGAUUUCGGAAAAGGAUGAUGAUCUACAAAGAACAGUGAAAAAGUAUGAAGAUAUACUUGAGGCCAGAGAAGAAGAAAUGACCAAAAAAGUAAAUAAAUUAGAGGAACAGCUGGUGCAUUUAAAAGAGGACUACAAAAAAAGAUUGGCAUAUGAAGAAAGUCGGAAUGGUGAUGAAGAAAACAUAGCAGAACUUCAGGCUCAGCUAGCCCAGAAGACAACACUUGUUAAUGAUUCAAAAUUGAAAGAACAGGAGUUCAGAGAACAGAUUCACAUACUACAAGAUAAGUUGAAAAAUUAUGAGAAGGCUGUGUAUGUCACAACAGUUAAAACACCUUAUAGAGAUGGGAAUCUUUGCCAUUCAGAUGUUUCUCUUUUUGGUGAACCAACUGAGUUUGAAUACUUGAGGAAGGUGGUUUUCGAAUAUAUGAUGGGCCGUGAAACAAAGACAAUGGCAAAGGUUAUAACUUCAGUGCUGAAAUUUCCUCCUGAUCAAACUCAGAAGAUCUUAGAACGAGAAAAUGCUCGAACAUUGUUCACUUCACCUCCCGUGGUAUCUUCUGAAUAAAUCAUCAAUCAGUGCUUUAGUUAGUACGUAGCUCUGGUUUUGAUCCUUAUGUUGAAGAACUUGCAACAUAUGCACUUUGUAAAAGAUUACAGAACUUGGAAAUCAGAUCAUACCCUCAAAUUAGCUCUUUGAAGUAUGGAGUAGACAGAAUAGCUUUGAAAGGAAUACAGCAAGGAAGGAAAGAUUGACAGUUGGGACUAUGAAUAUGUUAACUUUUUGCCUUUAAGAAAGAUUAUUCAUCAAGUGCUGUGUGCUUCAUUUGGAUAUAAUUUUCAGUUUAGCUUUAUAAUUUUUUUUAAAGGAAUCAAAAUAUUUUCCUUCAAUAGAGCUUUCACAAAAAUGAAUGAUUCUAUUUAUUUUAUUGUGGGUUUUGUCUCAUAUAUUACAUAUUGUCUGAAAUAAUUUUGCAAUACAUUCUGAAUAGGGAAUUGGCUAUUUUCCUUCUAUUGUUCAUUAAAAGCCUCUAUUUUUAAGCUUUUGCUUAUAAUGAAUCCAGAUUGCAAGACUUCAUUUAUUAAUAUAUAGCUUUUGUACUAUAUUUUGUGAGAAAUAAAUUUACACUCUUAAAAUUUGUAAAUAGAUACUAUUUACUUGUAUUAUAAGUUGAUCUCUGAUUGUUGGCAACACUAAUCUUGCAGAGCUGGAAAAAAAUAAAACUUUAUUUACUGUACA